GCUGUACUAUUCGGUUCGGUGUAAAAAAUCCGUUCGUCAGGUAUAAUCUACCAGCCAUAAGCGAUACUACCAUACCGGUCGCGCGUCUUAACAUAGCAUGUAAACGACUCAUUAUUAUUACGUAUUAAAUUAAAAAUAAAUUCCAAUAAUGUUUAGGCGCUUGGAAACGAGUUUAGGCAAUGGAGUGUUGUGUUAUUUUAGAAGAAAUCACGUUUGGACUAAAGGGAAUGUCGUCAAAUCACCGUUCCGGGAUGUAAAUAUACCAGAGGUCACGCUGCCGGAGUAUGUUUGGAAUAAUAUCAAUAAAUGGGCGGAUAAAACUGCAGUGCAAUGCGGGGUUACAGAACGAAAGUACACAUACGCACAGCUCUACAGGCACUCGCAAAUACUGGGAGCACAUUUACGAAAGAACUUCGGUGUAAAAGAUGGCGACACUGUUGCUAUUAUGAUGCCAAAUUUACCAGAAUACCCUAUAACUAUAUUCGGGAUACUAUCUGCGGGUGGAGUUGUCACGACUUUGAACCCUAUUUAUACUGCAUAUGAGGUUCAAAGACAAAUCGAGUUAUCAGAAGCAAAAUUGAUAAUAACAAUACCAGAUAUAGUCUCAGUUGUCAGAGAAGCCCUUGAAUUGAACAAAAAAAGGAUACCAAUCAUAUCAAUGGAUAUGAUCAGUAAUAGACCAGAAGGGACUGUAUCUUAUAAAGAGAUAAUUGACAAUACAAACAUAGAUAUUAGUAUUUUAAAAGAAGUUAAACGAAAAUUCGAUGAUGUUGCCUUCUUACCGUAUUCAAGCGGUACUACGGGAUUACCUAAAGGAGUAGAACUAACGCAUCAUAACAUAGUUACUAACUGUCAACAGCAAAAUUAUGAAUGCAAGUUACAUACGGAUACAACAGGUUCAAACCAGGAUUCCACUCUAGCCAUCUUACCCAUGUUCCAUUCCUAUGGUCUUAGUAUAGUUACAAUUCACAAGCUGUCUGUUGGUACGAGACUGGUGACACUGCCGAAAUUCAAACCUGACACUUUCUGUGAAGCUCUAGAGAAGCAUAAGAUGGAGCUCUUUUUCUUAGCACCACCGUUGUUACUAUUUCUAUCGACGUACCCGCAAGUAAAAGCAAAACACUUGGAUCGCUUGAGAUCUGUUACUAUUGGAGCAGCUCCUCUACCGAAAGUUGAUGUUGAGACGUUUUUAAGAAAAAUGAAUAGGGACUUACAUGUCGGACAAGGCUACGGGCUGACAGAAACUAGUCCUUUAGCCACAAUCAGUCCAAUAGGAUUCAAGAACUAUACCAGUGUGGGAUUUGCUUUAUCAAAUACGCAGUUAAGGGUGGUGGAUGAAAAUUUUAACAAUAUGGGCCCUAAUGAGGUUGGCGAACUUCUCAUAAAAGGUCCUCAUGUCAUGAAAGGAUACAAGAACAAUCCAGAAGCAAAUAGCCAAGUAUUCGUUGAAGAUAAAUGGUUCCGUAGCGGAGAUCAAGCCAGGAUAGCUGAAGAUGGCUCUGUUAUUAUUGCUGAUAGACUGAAAGAACUUAUAAAGGUAAACGCUUAUCAAGUACCACCAGCAGAGUUAGAAAGCGUUUUAAAAGAACAUCAAGAUAUCUUCGAUGCUGCUGUCGUCCCGGUACCUGAUCCUGCCACGGGGCAAAAACCAAAAGCAUUAGUUGUUUUGUACGAGAAUAGAAAUGUAUCUGAAUCAGAAAUAUUGGAAUUUGUAAGCAAACGAGUUGCUCCUUACAAGAGAAUUAAAGAAAUAGUUUUCCUCAAAGAAAUUCCUAAGAAUCCGUCCGGUAAAAUACUAAGAAGAGUUCUCGUAGAGAAAUAUUGUUGAAAUAUGUAUCGAUGAUAUAUCGAGAACAGUCUAAUAUAAGAUGUUAUUCAAAAUGUUUUUGUAUCAAACUUUUUUAUAAAAUUGUGUUGAUGGAUAUUAAAUUAUCUUGAACUGGUUCUGAAAAAUAAAACUAUGUUAUGGUAAUAAAAUAUUGUUGCAAAUGUAAAUAGAAAGUUUUAGAGAGUUGUUUAUGCUCUUGUUUAUGAGCUUCCCUUUUUGGAAGACUUACAUUUUGAACGUGAGGUUUUUUAUGUGCUGACAAAUAAAAUGUUCCAAAAUGGUU